CUACAAGGUACUUAAGUACAACUUUCGUAAAAUAUUAACUGAUUUGUUGUGAAUUGUGACCCAGAGAAAACGAUAAAUUGCUUUAAAAUGGAUGAUCCGGAAUUAGAUCAAAUUAGACAGCAACGUCUAGCUCAAUUACAGGCGCAGCAAGGGGGAACAGGUGACCCGAGCAAUGCCAAAGCACAACAAGAAAAAAUGCAAGCAAUGGAACAAGCUAAACACACUAUAUUGAGUCAAGCGCUAAGCCAAGAUGCCCGAGCCAGAUUGAACACAAUCAAACUGGGUAGACCAGAGAAAGCUGCCAUGAUUGAAAACAUGAUCUGUCGAAUGGCCCAAAUGGGUCAGAUUCAAUGUAAAAUAACUGAACCUGAUUUAAUACAAAUUUUGGAAUCCUUUAAUCAACAAAUGCCCAAAUCUCAGAGCACCGUUAAGUUUGACAGAAGAAGGGCUGCAUUGGACUCGGAUGAUGAAGAUUUGUAAAUGACUGUUAGUGUAAGUUCUAUAUAAGCUGUUUAAAUAUAAUUAUAAAUAUCCUUCAUGUUUUUGGUUAAAGUAUCAAUAAAUAACACAUUAAAAUGUAGCUUAACCAUCUUAAUCAUUAUUCAUGUCAAUUAAUAUUGAAGGAAAGUCUUACUUUUUUAAUACAGUAGCUAUUUUUGUUAUAUCAUUGAAGUUUAAAACUGAACUGAUUUUGAAAACUGCUCCAAUUUUAGGCACAUAGAAAAGUAUAUUUGUAAACGCAGUCAAAUGAAAUGAUAUUUUACAGUUCAAACCUUUUUAUCAACCUGCCUACUCAACUAGUGGAUACUAAAAAACUAAAUUAUGUUUUUUAUUUUAUGCUAAAUACCUUCUCAAUAAAAAUUAACUAUAUUUGAA